AUGCUGCGCCCUGCCCUGCUUCAAGACUGGAUCUUCCUGCCAGAACGUAUGCACAUGAGUCUUGGUCGUGUCUUGCGAAACUUCAAUAUUACCAAAAUCAGCGAUCUUGAACUGAUUUCGAACUCCACCGAUCGCUUGGAUAUGACUUUUCACUUCUUUGGGGUCAAAGGUGACUCGCAGCGCAUUCGGGAGGCAAUUACCCGAAUGGUGGAGCGUGGAAGAAUCGGAAACUUUACAUUGGUUGCCAAUUUUCAUCAUUUCGACGAGAAUCCGCCGUUGAAUUUGCUGGAUCUGAGCGUCAAUCAACCGCAAGGAAGCGUGCGCGAGGACAGCGAGUUCAUCAUAUCCUGCACCGCCCAGGGCUCAUCCCGCAUGCAAUUCCAGUGGUUCAAAGACGGAGCCGCGGUGAAUGCCAGCAAGGCAACGAGGGAAAUCUGGACCACUGUUCUGCCACCUGAAACCAAAGAUGUCUAUACGGCGAUUCUGGGCGUUAACAAGGCCAGUCGGAUUGAUGAAGGUGUCUACAGCUGUAAGGUCACCGACUGGGGCGUAGAGCAGUGCCGGUCUCUGCACAUUCACAUCAAGUCGCCGCCCCGUCUGAGGGUGGAUCCCGCCAGUGUGACGUUGCAGCGAGGAGACUCCCUGCGAGUGCGCUGCCUCUCGCCCGGCAACGAUGACAUCAAGCGAUACGCCCAGCUGGGCUACAGCUGGACCCGAAACGGGGUGCUGUUCCAGUCGGACACAGCCACUGCCAUGUGGGAGGAUCUCUACCCCGACGGCAGCAUCCUGAAGAUCAACAACAUACAGAAGUCCGCGGAGUACGCCUGCCUGGUGUCCAACAGUGUGCGGCCAGUGUCCAAGAGCGUCUACAUCAACGUCAUUGAGCGCAAUGCGGCGCACGUGUGUCCGGCGGAGUCCACCUACGGUGUGCACUGGCCCACCAGCGCCCCAGGAGCACCCAUCAUCACAGACUGUCCGCGGGGCUUCGAGGGCCAUCUGCGUCGAGUCUGCGAGCAGCGGGAUACGGGAAACUCCAGCUGGCUGCUGCCGGACUUCUCGGGCUGCGUGCGCGACGAGCUGCUGGUCAUCUACAACCGAUAUCGAGCCUUGAGUGCUGGAUUCCAGCAAACAAAUUCCUCGAAUAUACUGAAAGCUUGCUUCGACUAUACUAUUCAGAGACGCCACAGCUUUCUGCCCGGCGAGGCAAGCUUCCUCAUUGACAUGCUGCACGAGCUCGACACCUACUUGCAACUGAAAGGCACCCAACUAGAGCGUGAGAUGGCCGCGGAGAUUAUACUGCGCAUUCUGGAUAAAGUCAUGCAGAAUGCUCAAUCCUUGAACAGUCAACAGCAAAUUAAAAAACUGCAGCUGUUAACGCAAUCAGCGGCGCUGAACCGCGAGACAAUUGCGGCCUCACAAUUGGCCACAUCGACAAGCGGCAGCAGCCAGCCAUCGCCAGCUGACAGCUCGACGACGCUGACCGCACAGGGAAACGCCCGGGGCGAUGACAGCAGUGGCUCGGUGGCAACGGUGGGCGACAUAUCUGCCGGAUCUGCGGGAAAUUUGCAGGCGACUCGCUCCGGUGGUGGUGGGGAAGGCGACGCCAGAGCAGGAGCCCCCAGCAUUCUGACAGUCGAUGAGGACACGCUGUCACUGGAUCGACUCAACUCGCUGCGGAUUUACAUGACAUCAGUGAAGACCCUGCCCUUUAAUUUGCGAAUUUAUGGCGAGGACCUGUUCUCGGAUCAACUCUAUAUGGAUAUCGGGCUAUCCAGCCGCCUGCUCCACAUCAUGGCCAACUCGACAAUAUUCGCCUCUGUGAUCUCCUACAAGAACUUGAAAAGUUUCCUCCCCAAAACCUACUACACCAGAGGAAGCGAUCCCAGGGACUCGGACUAUGUGCUGGCCUCACGGAUUAUCCAGACCUGGCUGUUUCAGUCCAAUCGCUCCAACGACAACUUUCGAGAGCCCCUCGACUUGCCCUUCGAGUCGGGCCACGUGGAGAUCAUUUUCCAGCACGAGAGUGUGCCCAAGGCCGGCGAUUGGGUGGCCGUGUGUGGACACGACUACAAGGCCUCGUUCGAGUCUACUUGGCGAUCGGACUUGUGCAUCACCAAGCACCUGAUGGCCAACAUAACGCGCUGCAUUUGCCCGCUCUCUGGAACCUAUGUGGUGAUGUUAACCAAGCGCCAGCAAAACACCACGCAGUCGCAUGCCCCGCAGCGGCCAAUCUUCGUGAUCGCCAGCUGCGCCUGCUGUCUCCUCCAGUGCGGCUCGGCGCUCCUCAUUCUGGUGCCCAUCUGGUGCAAUCGCAAGUGCGCCAUUACCUUCCUCAAAAUCCAGUUCUGCAUCUCAACAUCGAGCGUGAUGCUCAUUUAUGUGCUGGGCUUCAUGAAAAUGCUGCCAGUGAACUGGCACGCCAUCAUUAGCAGCUCGCUGGCAUCGCUGUUGUUGCUGGGCGUCUCAACGCUGAUUGCGAUUGCUUUGGUCAUACACACGGAGCUGAUGCCCAAGAAAUAUCUGCAGAUAUCUGCCGGCAGCAAGCCGGCGACGCCCACCAAGCAGGACAUAAGACGCCGCGAGCGCGAGAGUUUAAGCAACAUUACCCAAAUUCGCGCCCAGUUGCCGGUGGGGGCUGCGGUGGGGGCCACCACAAGCUCUGGCAACAAUCGCAGGCCUCUUUCGGUGAACAACAAUUCGUCUCUGCAGGGCGGAGCGGCGGGUAUACGUGGCGCCAUUGGCAUUAGCUGGCUGCUGCCGCUCCUCUUCGCAGUUGCCGCCCCACUAAUCUGCAGCAUCAUUGGCAAGUGGCCGCGCCAUUGGUGGCUAGAUAUUCUGUCCACUGUGUCUUCUUCGGAUGACUCUGUCAGCAAGUCCGAUGCCGAACCAACGGAGUUUGAUGGCGUCUACUAUUCAACGCAUUCGCUCCUCAAUGGCGAUAAUUUACGACUGGAAUCGGAAGCGCUGCUGGGAAAUGCAACGAGCUCUCCAGCUGAGACAUCAUCAAUUGGGCUGGGCGAUGAUGUGGCCACGUCAACGUCAUCAAUCACAGCCGGCAGUGGCAACACUGGCAACAGCACUGGCUCCAGCAGUGACAGCAGCAUGGCAGUCGAAGUAGCUGCGGCCUCGACUUGGCCACAGCAACAACAGCAUAUGCCAGCCACUUGGAGCCGCACCACCUCCUCUUCGAGCACUUCAGGCUACGGAUUUCAGGCCGCGGCUCUAACUUCCGACCUGAACGGAGCGGCAUCGACGCCGUUGUCGCCUUCUCUGAGCUUCAUCCUGUUCGUUUGCAUCGAUUUUCUUUUCAUUUUUCUUUUCUUUGCUCUGUUUGCCAUUUUAAUGAAGAAACUUUUGUGGUUGUGGCACAAGAAUCGCAAUGUGCAUACGCAUCCGUUGGAUAAAUUCAAUCUGGCUCUCCAAAGGCGACUUGGCCUACUUUACAGGGCAGGAGGACUGCUACUGGUUAAGCUAUGCACCGAUGGGUUCUUCAUCGUUUAUGUUAAUUCAUUACCGGAUACUCUGUGGGCAUAUCCGUUCGGCAUAUCGUGUAUAAUAUUGGGCUUCGGAAUCCUCUUUUGUUUUGUCAUCAAGGCUGAGAGCCAGCUGCGGGGGCCCCCGUUCCUGAGCAGCAACGGUAGCAGUCAGAACAGCUCGUUAAAGCAGACAAAGUUCAACACGAGUAAGAGCAGCCUGGACGAUAACUACUGCACUGCAACGGCUAACGUCAACAGUCCAUUAAGCUUCUACACCAACCAUGACAAAGAGAAGGAGAACGAAUGUGCGGUAUCAUUGUCAAUGUCAAAUGCAGGAGUAACGGCUGCGGAGGCAUCGCAGGCAUCUUCAUCUGGAGCGAGCGCCCCGCCCCUGCAAUCAAAGGUGGGACUGGAGCUGUCCGGAGCAAAUGGAACUGGCGUUCAGCUGCCGUUGACAAUCAUUUCCACGGCGCCGCGUUGCCAGGCAGCAACUCCGGCUUCUGUGGCAAUUGGCAGCUCGACGAAGACCUUCCUCGGUGACCGCCAAACGCUGCCCCUGACUGUUGCACCUUCGCCGGACACACGCUGCUGCGCCCUACUUAGUGGAGGAAACGCAUACGAUGCAUACACGAUGAGCAUGGGGAUGGGGGGACUUACAGGGAGCCUUGGAAGGCGUACAUUGCAUCAGCAACCAACUCAUUUCCGUUCGGGACCAUACGGGGACUUUGUGGGUGUCGAGACACUGGAUAUACUCCAAGGCGUAGCAGCAGAUAGCAUAAUUGGAAUUCACACCAGCGCCAUAAUGCCCUCGGCCACGUCCGCUUCUCAUUACGUUCCGCUGCAACAUAAUCCAUAUGUAGAUUUUGUGCCCAGCUCACUGAUACUCAGCUUGCCAGCGCCCCAGUUGCCACCACCGCCGACCAUAAGUGGCAACCUGAGCGGUGCCGGGAUGUCCAGCGCCACACUCUCGAUGUCGUUGCCCACACCAAACCCCAAGACGCAGAAGCGGGUGACCAUUCUGGAGCCCACGUCAAGGACGACCUUCGACCCUCUGCUACCCACAAUGGUGGCAGCAGUGGUCUCAACUUCCACCGUCACCAGCACUGCGACGGCGGCUGCAAUUCCUACAUCUACGCAAAGUGGCGAAGUAGGAUGUGGCAGUGGCAGUGGCAGUGGUGCUGAUGGCAAUGAUGCCACGCUAGAUCGCAUCACCCUGGACCUCGACUAUUUACUAAAUAGGGGAAAUUUGGAGAACGGAGAAGGAGGUGGGCCAGAGCCAUCGCCCCCCCAGCAUGCGCCCACUGACGACACACUGAAAAACUGAAUCAACAACAGCAAAGUGAGCGGCACUAAGCCGACACAUUUAUUCUAUUUUGCCUAUACUAGUACUAGUACACUAAGAUGCAUUUACGAGGCUUCGAUUUUGAAUAUCAGGUGUAAAUAAGUGUAAAUAAAUGGACUAGACAAGCCUAAAGUAGAAAGCUCUGUGAAUAUUUCUGUUUUUAUGCAUUAACUAACAUUAACUGAAAGUUGUUGAGUAGUUUAAAAGCUGACACGUGACGGAUGGAGAACUAUGAUAACAAUCUGAAUCCAACUCACAGUUUAGCCCCAUUAUACGAGUGUAUCUCUCUGUCGGAGAAUAAUAUGGUAUGCUAGGUUCUCAUAAUUGGAAAAAUAUCAUUUCGAGUGAUUUCGACAUCAAGCAUAACUAGAUUCAUAUUAAGAUUACAAAAAUUAACUAAGCGACAUCGCAUAUUAAAACCAACUGAGAGAAUUUAAACAAGAGGUAACUUUUUAGCUAGAUUUACAAAAGGGUACUAAACAUAACAAUAUGAAAGCGAUAAAUUAAAGAGCGAGAACACUGAAGUGUGAACAAGUUUUUGAUUCCAUUUAAAAUUUUCCUAGUCUUAACACAAAAUA